AUGUGGUGUGAUAUAUCUGAAAUUGAUCUGAUGUCUGAGGAUGAAUCAGAUAUCCAGAUUGGUCUUUCAGAUCAAGGUGUUACUACUGUUCGACGCAUCUCCAUUCGUCAAGAUGGCAAGUUAAUUCCUACUAAACACUUAAUUAUAACUUUUAACAAACCAACUUUGCCAUCUGCUAUCACAGCAGGUUAUCUGCACUGCCCACUUCAUCUGUAUGUUCCAAAUCCACUGCAUUGCUUCAAAUGCCAGCGAUUUGGACAUUCACAAACAUCCUACCGUGGGAAAAUCAUGUGCGCACAGUGUGGAACUGAAGGUCAUGAGAGUGCCGAGUGCACCAAUUCUCCAUGCUGUGUGAAUUGUAAAUAUGCCCAUCCUGCCUACUCAAGGAAAUGCCCUGCAUGGCAGAGAGAUAAGGAGAUUUAA